AGUCUUUUCGGGUGCUCCAUGUUUCUCGUUUCACAGUGCGAACCCGAGAAUUGCACAAAGCGCAAUGUAUGUGCGCCAUUGCUGUGGAGAAGAGCUGCGAAAAGUACUCUCGAAGUAUAUUCGGUUUUCACGUUACAAACCGACUUUAAAUGCAGAAUAACGUAACAGAAUUAACUCAGAGAUUGCUUCGUUCACUGGACAGUAAUUAUAAUGUCAUCGAUAUGCCCACAGUUACUGAGAUCAUUUCCUUAUUGGAGAAAGUUUCGAUUACCAAAGAAUUAUUGGAGACCACCAGAUUGGGGAAAUACAUAAACGAGCUAAGGAGGAAAACAACAAAUGAGGCUUUAUCAAAGAGGGCGAAAGAGCUCGUGAAGAAAUGGAGAAAUGCCGUAUUACCUGAAUCAAACGGACAACUGAAACAGAGCCCACCACUGUCGCAAACGCCGGCUUUGCCUUCAAUAGUAAAUCAAGAAGAUGCGCAGUUUAAUAAAAUAAAAGGGAAGAAACGGUCGCCGAAGGAUGUAGUCGAUAAUACAAAUAUUAAACGAAUAAAAAUAAACGGAGGAAUUUCUGAAUUAGAUUUUUCCGAUAACUCGAAUUCGAGUUUCAAAGAUGUGAUAUCUACAGUAAAAACAGAACCAAAACGAGAUGUGAUUAUUAUUAAUUCGGAUUCGAAUUCGAGUAUUCCGGAAAAACACGAUCCACCCUUAGAUCAACAGAUGCCUAAGAAGAGGGGUAGAAAAAAAGGAUCUAAAAAUCACAAAAAUCUAAUCGACGAAGCGGAAAGUUCUUUUACCAUAAAAUUGGCGGUUUCUAGGGGAAAUUCCAAAGUCAAAACGACCCAGGAAUUGGUGGCAAGUUUACAGAACAAAAAUUCUAGUUCCACCGUAUUAAAUUCGUUCGCGAAACCUAAAGAAGAUCUGAAUGAAAAAGCUGCGAAACUCACCGAACGCGUUUCCAUCAUUGACCAACAACUCAAUACGAAUGCACACAGAAAUAAAAAUUCUCAACGACACAAAUUUAAAUUAGAGAAAAACGAAAGGGUGAUAGAAUCCGGAUCUGUCAUCAAUGAUAAGAGCAUACUUGUCCAGGAUUCGUCUAUCAAAAAGGAAGAAGAGGAUGAAGAAGAUGUCAUUGUAGUGGAUAAUGAAUUCGAAGAUGAUGAAUCCAAGAAAAAAGUGAACGAAGAGCUGGAUAAAAAGGUAAAAGCAGAGAGUCAAGAGACUGAUAAUCAACAUUUCGUAUCCUCCUUAAGCGUGGAAGAAGCUUUAGCCCAACUUCCGCCAAUCGAUAGAUCAGUAAAUAUAGAAGACGAAGUCGAAAGUAAUCCUUGUACGUGUAUACUAAAAGAAGAAAAACCCGACCAUUCGUUAGAAGAUGAUAGCGAAUCGUUAAAUUUAAUACCCAAAUAUGAAUUCUCAGAAGAUCAUGACUGCCAAGCCAAAUUAAAAUUAAGGGAAACUUACCGUUUCGAUAGCGUCGAUGAUGAAAUGGUCGAACGUUUACACAACACCUUUAUACCUAACGUUAACGGAAAUUAUAGUAUGAACCCUUCGAAAAGUAACGACGCCAUACAAGAAAACGGACUUUACGUGAAUGUAGUGCCUAUUGUAAAUAUAGAAAGUAUACCGAAAAAUGUUAAAAACUUUGCAACAGAAAAUUAUAGUAGAUACAGAUUUUCAGAAACGCAGGUUGUUCAAGAGGAUGUAGAUAGUGGACGGACAGAAGGUGAAGUGUCCUCUGUUGUUAGUGAUAAUAAAUGUUUUAGAGAAUGGCACGAAGUCGUCGAUACGACUUCCUACCAAGGUGAAAAUAUAAGAAUUUUGCCUUAUGUUAUAAUAGAUUGAGAUACUAGUCCCUUUAUUAUUAUUAUUAUUACUACUAUUAUUAUUAUUACUAUUGAAGUAAAGGUGAAUUUAUAGAAUAAAGAAUAUUAUAAUUUUUUUUAUGUUACAAAUUUUUCCCGUAUGUGAAUCUCAUUUAAACAAUAACCAUUAAUAGAGGAAAAUAAUAAUAUUUUUGUUACUUUACUUCAAGGUAUAUCGUUCGAUGAAUGUUAAAUAUAUAAAAAAAUAUUGAAUUGAAUCUAUAAAAAAAAAUUGAAUUUGUUUAUUUUGUGGGGUCAAUACUACAACUAUGUAACUACAAUCAGUACAAUCCAGAUGUUUCGAAAAAAACAAAGUAAAGUUUUAUCAAGAUUGUAGAGACGAAACUAAAAGUUAUUUUACUACAAUUUCUGGAUUGUAUUUAAUUAAAAGUAUUCAUGUCUCGUUUCUACCACAAAAACAGUCAUUAAUUGGGGGAAAUACAUGCAAAAGGAUGGUUUCAUGCUGAUUUUCUUUAAUUUUUUCCAGGUGUAAAGAAACGAAUUUUAUUUAUUGAAACUAUCAAGUUAUUUACAACAUAUGUAUAUUGAUGAGUAUUUUUUCAUAUUUUACAAAAAUAUAACUUGGAAAGUAGCGGAGAUAUCAUCUGAUACACAUCAUAGAUUGUCAUCCGAAGCCACAAUUUUUACGUAAAUAAGUUAUUCUUUACCAUUUUUUCUUACAUCGUUUACUAUAUAUGUAUGUAGGAUUAAGAUUAUUUCUCUACUCCAUCUACCACAGUCACGCAUGAAACACUAGCUCUAUUCAAGCAGUCUAAUGCCAUAUAGCCAUAAUAGCAUUCGAGUCAGUCGGGAAUAAGACACAGAAGGUUACGGAAUUAAGACGAACACCCGAAUAAUUAAUUCUAAUUAAGGCGAUUUUCCGUGUAAUUAAGGCAAAUUUUCGCUUGAUUAAGACGAUUUUCCGUGUAAUUGAGGCAAAUUUUCGCUUAAUUAAGGCGAUUUUCCGCGUAAUUAAGCCAAAUCAUCUCGAAAUUGAGCCAAUUUACUGCUUAAUUAAAACUAUUCCUCACAAAAUCAAGACAAAGUCAAGCGCAAUUGCCAAAUUUCCGUGUAUUUAAAGCGAUUUCCUGUAUAAUUAAGAUAAAUUCCCGCUUAAUUAAGACAAAUUCCCGCACAAUUAUGCCAAAUUCCUGCGUGGACAUGACGAAGUCCAGUAUAAUUAAGACAGUUUCCCGUGUAAUUAAGGCAAAUUCCCGCGUAGUCAAGACAAUUUUCCGAGCAAUUAAGACGAAUUUGCGCGUAAUCAAACGAAAUUUACUCUUGAGUAAAACCCCCGUUUAAUUAAAGCAAUUUCAGCGCAAUUAAGACGAAUUUCCGCGAAAUUUACGUAUUAUGAACUCGAUUUUCCAUGCGCUUGUGACGAUUUCCCGCGCAAUUAAGACAAAUUCCUGAGCGAUAAAUACGAUUUCCCACUCAUUUAACGUAGCAACCACAUAUACGAAUAUUUUUACUAUCAACCUUAGUUCUAUUAUUUAAAUUGUAUAUAAGUAAAGUGUUGUCAUUGUUUGAAUUCCAUAAUAAUAAAGUGUUUUCCAUUA